GUUUUUUAUUCGCACGCUCCCACUCCCCCCGGCACCACGAGCAAAGCAAAGCAAAGCGCCGCAGCCUUUGCCUCCCUCCCCCCUGUCCGCGCUCCCUCGCUCCCUCCUCGCCCAUCCGCCCACCAGGCCACGCCGCCACCUCCCCCCUCAGCUCUCCACGCUCGCGUCCAGCGGCCCCGCACCGAGAAACCCUAAUCCCGAGGCCGCUCCACACCGGCUCCUUUUGCGGCCGGCGGCACCGAGGCGCGCCACCGCCAUGUCCGUCCCCGGCGUUGCUUCCCGCGCCGCCGACCGCUUCUACUGCCCCCCAGCCCGCCGCCACCUCCUCGACAAGCAGCAGAAACAGCACCCGCCGCUGACUGCGGCGGCAGUCGAGGAGCCGGCGAAGCCGACGCCGGAGCUCCGGCGAGAUCCUCCCCCUUCGCCGGCGCUGGAGACGGCGACGGCGGCGAAUAAUCUCGAGAGCUUCAUCGCCUCCACCGCCGUCCGCGUGCCCGCACGGCGCCAUCCCCGGGCGGGCACGCGAGGGAGGGGCGCAGGCGCGGACGGACACGGGGGCGCGCCGUACUACGAGCUCGCGGAUCUGUGGGACGCGUUCGGGGAGUGGAGCGCGUACGGCGCCGGCGUGCCGCUGCUGCUCAAUGGCACGGACGGCGUCGUGCAGUACUACGUGCCCUUCCUCUCGGCUAUCCAGCUCUAUGGCUCGCGGCCGUCAAGCAAGAGACGAUUUAAUGAAGACAGUGAUGAUGGCAGUUCUCCAGACACAAGUAGUGAUGUAAGCAGUGUGAGUGAUAAUGAAAGGUCCAUUGGAAUAACAACCCAGUGCUUAGCAGAAAAUAUUUGCACCGAUCAAGAAGAUUUUUCCAGUGAUGACAGUGAUUCCAGAAACCAGGAAUCAUCCCCUAUUUUCCAAUAUGUGGAGCAUGAUGCACCAUAUGGAAGACAACCUUUAGCAGAUAUGAUUUCAGUAUUUGCACGUACGUUUCCUGAUCUAACGACAUACAAGAGUUGUGAUCUUCUGCCAUCCAGUUGGAUUUCUGUAGCCUGGUAUCCCAUAUACCGGAUACCAACAGGACCCACGCUACAAGAUCUAGAUGCUUGCUUCUUAACAUUCCAUUCAUUGUCAACAGCACUAGAUGGUAUGUUAACUGGGCGUCCUGAGACAAAUAACUUCCAUAACAAUAAAAUUGCUGAUGUUCCUGGGAAGAUCACACUGCCUCUGAUUGGUCUAGCUUCUUACAAACUACAUGGUUCCAUGUGGAUGUCAAAUCAGCACCAUGAACAGCAGUUAACUACAUCUCUUCUGAAAGCUGCUGAUGACUGGCUUUGCCAGCGGCAAGUAGAUCAUCCAGAUUACCGCUUCUUCCUCUCACACUAAAAUUGGAACUUGAUCCAUGCUAUCGCCUGAAUACCACCGCUCAGAUGCCAUUAGUUAAUCUAUGAACUUGCAUUAUAGCUAUAUAGUCCACAAGCACAAAUAUCAAUAUCCUUUGAGUAUUAUCAUUUGUGGGGCUUCGUUUAUGUUAUAGCCCGGUAUUGAUAUCUAGGUCAGGAUUAGGUGGUGGUUGUUUUGCUGUUGUGCUGUAGGAACUAGUUAGACAUAGAUCACCUAAAUCGUUUUCAGUAGCAAAUAAGGGUGGAUGCUGUGCAGCUGAGCUAGGUAGGUGGUGAUUGGAGUGGUGGAGUGAUGUACAUUGGUUUUGCUUCAGAGGUGGUUCUUGGAUAUAUUGAUGAUGGCGAUAAAUUAUUUUUUUAAUUUCCCUCAUUGGGUUCUAUAUGUUGUAACCUAUAUAUUUCUCUGAGUGCGGGAACUACAAUCAUAUAUGUACUUGAUAGAUUAUACAGAUACUAUUUUCAUUUUCUGUGCUUA